AUGUACGGCCAAAGCAAUCGGUUAUGCGCCAAACUGUCCAGCGCUUUUCUUCGAAAGUGGUGGUUCGUGAUAGCGUUUGCCCUCAGUCUGCUGGUGCUGGGCGUUCUAGUCACAUUCGGGUUCACGGCGUUUAUCCGGACCAUCAUCGACCACCAGGUGGCGCUGCGGGUGGGCGGACAAUCGUUCGGAUGGUGGUCGCGGCCACCGGUCGAGCCGAUCAUCCGGAUCUUCGUGUACAACGUCACCAACGCGGAUGAGUUCCUGAACAACGGCACCAAGCCCAUCCUGGACGAGCUGGGUCCCUACGUCUACGUUCAAACAUGGGAAAAGGUCAACAUUCGAGAAAACCCGAACGGCACAAUUAGCUACAACCAGAAGCGGGUGUACAUCUUCAACGAGGACCUAUCCGGCGGCCUGGAGGACGACGUCGUCAUCGUGCCGAACAUUCCGAUGCUGAGCGCCACAUCGCAGAGUAAACACGCGGCAAGGUUUCUACGACUGGCGAUGGCGAGCAUCAUGGACAUUCUGAAGAUCAAACCGUUCGUCGAGGUGUCGGUCGGGCAGCUGCUGUGGGGCUACGAGGAUCCGCUGCUCAAGCUAGCAAAGGACGUCGUACCCAAGGAGCAGAAGCUACCGUACGAGGAGUUCGGACUGAUGUACGGCAAAAACAGCACAUCGAAGGACACUGUGACUGUUUGGACCGGAGUGGACGACAUCACGCAGUACGGCAUCAUCGACAAGUACAACGGCCGCUCGCACCAGACGCACUGGCAGACGGAGCAGUGCAACCGGCUGAACGGCACGGACGGUUCCAUCUUCCCGCCGCGCAUCACCAAGAACUCGACGCUGCACGUGUACGAGAAGGACCUGUGCCGACUGUUGCCGCUCAGCUUCGAGAAGGAAGUGACGGUCCGGGGCGGCGUCAAGGGCUACCGAUUCACCCCGUCGCCGGACGUGUUUGCCUCGGUGGAGAAGAAUCCCAACAACAUGUGCUACUGCCCGGCCGGCCCACCCUGUGCGCCCCACGGACUGUUCAACGUUUCGCUGUGCCAAUACGAUUCCCCGAUUUUGCUCAGCUUCCCACACUUCUACAUGGCUGAUCAAACGCUACGAACGGCAGUGGAGGGCAUUUCUCCACCCGAGAAGGAUAAGCAUCAACUGUUCAUCGACGUGCAACCGGACAUGGGUACCGCGUUGAGGGCGCGCGCACGAAUCCAGAUCAAUCUCGCCGUCAGCCAGGUGGUCGACAUCAAGCAGGUCGCCAACUUCCCCGACAUCGUCUUCCCGAUCCUGUGGUUCGAGGAAGGCAUCGACUCGCUGCCCGACGAGAUUCUCGACCUGAUGAAGGUGGCCACCAACAUACCGCCGCGGGCCAAGUUCAUCCUAACGAUCGCACUGUUCGGCCUCGGAGGAUUCCUGUUCGUGGUGGCCGUCAUUUGCCUCGUCCGAAAGUCGCACCGCCAGAGCACGCUGCACCUGGAGGGUUCAAAUUACCUGGCGACCGCGUCGGUAGAUCAGGCCAAGAAGAAGGCCAAGAUGGACAGUGGCAUGAACAGUAAAAGCAAUUAA